AUGGAAAGUUUAGAGCCAUUUAACGUGGACAAUGUCCAAGAAACCGUGCUUGGUAAUAAAGCUAAAGAAAAAAUUGGUGGCAAUGUGCAAUCCGGUAUAACGAUAUUUCAAAAAUACCUGAAAAAUGAUCACACUCAAAUGGAGUAUGACUCUACUUAUGCACUUAUCAAACGGAAGGUAAAGAACAGAGAAAUUCAUAUACCUAGUCACUACUCCUUAGCAAUAAAAGAAGCAAGGCUUAAGCCUUUCCAUCUGGUUGUCCAUUAUAUUCCACAUGAUGUUUUUAUGAAAUAUGAUAAUAAAGAUCUUUAUACAUACCAAUCCAUACGACCUGGACGGAACGUAAAUGACGCUAAAGUAACCGAUAUUAAAACUUUUAAGUAUUUUCCGGAUAGCAAAAUAUUCCACAAAUUGAGCUACGAUGAUGAAUAUUACGUUGAAUUACCUUGUCGUUCAAAUACAAAUAAUUCAAGUAACCAGCUUCGUUGCCAAUUAUACGACAACCGAAUUAAAAUUACAGAGAAAAAAUUUAAGGAUUUACAAGAACUUACAAAAGUGAAGGAUUUUUACUCAAGCUUACUGUAUCAAUCCGAAGAUAAGAAUCAAGUAAAUAAGAAGGCUAAGCAAAAAACAGAAUUAGAUAAAUCGGUACACAACCAAAAAAUAGCUAAGUUAAAAAAAACUAGUUCAAAGAAGAAAGCUACAAACCUAAAAUCUACUACAAAAUAUAAAAAUAAAGGAAAUGAGAAAGCUAAGCAAAAACAGAAUCAGAUGUUUUGGAAGAGAAACAAGAAAUAG